GGAGGAGAACAAGGCAAUACAAUGUCCGACAAUGACCCCUGGUCUUUGAGACCUCCCGGCCUGGCUAGCGCGGGAAGAGAGGAGGGGGAGGGAGAAGACAUUCUGGGAAUGAACAAAUCUGCCCGGAAUACCGGGGCCGGUCACAGACAUCGACAUAAUAAACACAAUCAGCUGGCGGGGGCGUUGUCCGAGGCUAGCGCUGAUGGUGCGGCUGGUGGGGGCGGGGCCGGUCAUGGUAAUGUUGACCUCAACAGGGGGUCAAACUACGCGGCGUCCGCCUCUUCCCCGGCCGCUGACUUCCGAGAUUACAGCCGUGACAUUGGGGUCAAAGGUGAGUUCCAGGACGCGUUGAAGGAAUCCAGUGCGUUCAAUAGCAGCGCGCUCUACGACAGGUUGCUUCGCGGAGGAAGACCUCGUUCGGAUUUUCCCGUUUCCGCUCCGCGAAGAGUAAUCGGUGACGGCGACGACGAUUUUUUCGGACUUCCCGGAAGUAACGGGACUGUGUCUGAUGACGCCAGUGGAUUGUUCUCAGGGAUGGUGAAGAAUCCGAUGAGGCAAAAUUCUCAAUUUCCUUUGUCUAAUAAUACGUACAGCAUUUCUGACCUUGACCUCGGCUCUGCCAAGAGUGACCCUGACAUUGAUUCCACGAUACCGGUUCAUUAUACAGAGUACGAUAUUAUGAAUCUAGGAAGAGGAGGAGGAGACGGAGGAGGAGGAGGAGGAGGGGGAGGAGGAGGAGGAGGGGUAGUUGGGGGUUAUAGCCCUGGAACACAAGAUCUCUACGAUAUCCACGCCAACAAUGACGCUGACACAUUCUACAGAGACGUUUACGACGACGAAAAUGACGCGGAGUACCAGGUGAAUCACAUUCUUCCGAUCAACGCCGAUGAGGGGUCAAAAACGCCGCAUUUCGACGCGGAAUUUUUCCCGGAAAGUGCAGGUGAUUCAGAAGACAAUCUUUCUUUCAACAACACUUUAUUGAACCCGUCAUCAGGAGGAGUUUUCACGAAUCCGAAAAAUGACGCGGCGUCCUACUCUUUCUCCUUCCCCUCCUGGAGUGCCUCCUCACCUACGGGUGCGGGCACUAGUGACGUUUUCAGCAACUCCCAACCCCAGCCCGUUCCAAACUUUGACCUCGACCACCUUCACAACUUGACCUUACGAGGGGGGUCAGAGUUCAACAUCACACCUCUCGUUGACCCAGAAUACACGAACGUCCUUUUCGAUCAGGGCACCCGACUGGCACCCGACUACGAUUACAGCAUCGUUGCUCACGCAGCGGCCAAUAACUCUUCAAUUUUUGGCGGGAAUAUUACAGAUCUUCUGAUGGCUAAUGGAGGGCGGGAAGAUGAGUACACCUGGAGUAUCUUGAUGAUGGCGCCACUGGUCGUGUUCGGAGUGGCGGGGAACACACUGGUCAUCCUGGCUAUCUCCCUGGAGAAACGGCUACAGAACGUGACCAACUACUUCCUGUUGUCUUUGGCGGUGACUGAUCUCCUGGUGUCGCUGAUUGUCAUGCCUUUCUCAAUCAUCAACGUCUUUACAGGUAUGUGUGUGU